AAACUAUUGGUGACUAAGCAAACUUUGAUAAAUCUGUCACAAAUAAAUGGCAUAACACAUUUCAUUUUUGAAGGGCGAGUAUUCUGAUCAUUUUUGACUUAUCCGAGUUUUUCUUGAGAAUGUAUUCAAUUUAUUUGAGGGAUGAUGUGGCUGCUUAUGAGGAAGUGGAUGAUAGUCAGCUGGGUGUGUCUGCCAAAAUAACACCCGAGCAAAGAGCUGAAAGCGAGUUGCAAUCUAUCAUCUUUUUGGCACAGCAGGAGCACGAGGCCCGUACCCUUCAACAAGUAAUGACCGCGAUCAAACUACGCAAGAAGGAGGAGUUGACUAAUCCAUUACCCAGAAGUUUUGUCCGAAACAGAAAAGUAUUUGAUGAGGACGUCAGAGUUCUGCUGGGACAAAUCGCUUCAAACGAGGAGAAUAGCGAUGAAGAUGACGAGGAAUCUAUUCAAUAAAGUGUCUUAAAGGCUUAAACGUUUA